CCCGGGCAGGCCGGCCUGGCUGUGGAUCGGAACACCUUCCUGCGUGUGAUGAAGGCCUGGGUUGCGGAGGUCAGAGAGGACGGAUCAGAGAUGAGGGAGAUCGAUGAAGUGGAGUUUGUCAAAACUGUCUCCCUUCUUCACCCUGGAAAGAAGACAGGGGGCAGCACUGCUCAGCUGGAGGGCUAUGGGGGCGAAACCAGCAGAGUGACUGUUGAGCCCGCAGACCUGCUCAGCUCCAUCGAAGGCCUUGAGUUUACAAACAGGAGGCUGGUUGAGAGGAAUGAGAAGCUGCAGAGAGCUGUGGAGGGGUCUGAGGAAACAAGCAGCCACCUGAACGAAGAGAUAUCCCUACUGCAACAGCAGCUGAGGAGCUCCCAGUAUGCACUGCAGCAGGCGAGGAGCGUUUCUGAGGAGCUGGAGGAGCUGAAGGGAGCCGCCAAGGCGCUGGAGGAGACCAACAGCCACCUGAGACGCCACACAAAACAGCUGGAGAGAGAGCAGCAGGCAAGGUCUGCGGAGACGAGGACUCGACAGGAGGAGAGCGGUCGCCUGGCAGCAGAGAGAGAUCGACUGAGGUGGAGAGUGGAGGAGCUGACUGAGGACAAAGCAGAGCUCAAGGCGCUGCUCAGCGAGAUGGAGAACGUGCUCGCCAGCAAGGAUGCCGUCAUUACAGAGAGAGGGAGAGAGACAGAGAGACUUCAGGAGAGCGUAAAGGAAAACAGCACCCUUAUUCAGGAGUUGAAGGCAGAGAUAAGCAGACUGCAGGACCAGCUGACUCUGAGUUACAGGGCUCUGACAGCAGCCCCACAGGAAUCUCCUCUGGUGUGCAGCUCUCUACAGUGCAGAGACAGGACCGAGAGCUCCCUGCAGUGCAGAGACAGGACCGAGAGCUCCCUGCAGUGCAGAGACAGGACCGAGAGCUCCCUGCAGUGCAGAGACAGGACCGAGAGCUCCCUGCAGUGCAGAGACAGGACCGAGAGCUCCCUGCAGUGCAGAGACAGGACUGAGAGCUCCCUGCAGUGCAGAGACUGGACUGAGCGCUCCCUGCAGCUAGAGAUACAGCAGGUUGACAAGGACACAGACACAGCCGGCUUGUCGCUCCCCUCCCCUCUCUGUGGGAUGCUGGUUAGCAAUGUGUUUGAUCCGAAGGAGCCCUCGCUGCCCAGGAACCCAGGUCUGGGGAACGACUUCCUCCAGCAGUCCUCUGGAGAGCAGACCCCUGAUCUCGCGGAGAGCGUGUCUGCUGAUCUUGAGCGCUGUGUGAAUGCUGACUGGUCCGGGAUGCAGUUGGUUCCUGUGGUCCAGUCACUGGUUCCCGUCUCCAGGCAGCUGGUCCAGUUCAGGAGAACCAGCCAGGGCAACAGGCUCUCUCGGCUGGGUUGUUUCCACCCCCUCACAGCCAGGUCCUGUCUCUCCUGCAUCGGACUGGCUUGUGCAGUCCUGCUGGUGUCUCUCUGCAGCCUGCUGUACCAGAGCACUGUGCACAGCUUCAAGCCUGCCUCCAGCUCCACCCUCGCAUCCCUCUGGCAUCUCAUUAUACAGACCCUGAGAUCCCACGUCACACUGAGGCACCUCAGCCCUCCUCCUGUCUGACUCUAACCACUAGAGCCAGCCUCCCUCCCUCCCAGUCCCUCCUCAGCUCUAACCACUAGAGCCAGCCUCCCUC